GAACUUUGAUGACCAUGAAAGGUUUUUAUUUGAGAUAUUUACCAAAGCUAAGUGAUCAAUUGAGCCCAUUGUUGUUCCAUUGAGUCAUCUAACCAUAACGCCAAUUCAAUGAAUGUCUUCUCUUAACUCAUUAGGGCUAAAAUCUUUUUAUUUAAAUUUAAAACAACAUCCCAUUGUUUAGUUAUAGUGGUCAUACAACUUUCUACUUAUUAAAUUAGAAGGAGGAAAAAUAUGGUUCAAAUUAGUAGUUUUCUAAAUAUUUUGAUCUUCUUUUUGUUUCUAUGUAUUGUCACAAACGUUGAGGGUCAUAUUCCGUGCCAAACAAACCAGGAUUGUCCAAGAUAUUUUUGUCCCCCUCCUUUAACUCCAAUAUGCGUUAAAUAUUUUUGUAAAUGUAAGUAAGUGUAAUAAUGAAGUUUGUAAUUUAUUCUACGUUACUUCUAAUAAUGUAUAAUUUUUAUUUCAAGUUAUAAUAUUGGUAUACUUUUAAUUUUCAUAA